UAAAACAUCAUUAGCAAUAUGUUGUCUAAAAUCACAAUGGUUAUCACUUUCUCUGCAAUAUUUAUGGCAUUCCUUCUGUGUUCACCAUCAGUGGCUGUAUCUCGGACAAGGUUACCACUACCGUCACCAAUCACAGGCCCUGAGUCUCUAGCAUUUGAUCGAAACGGUGAAGGGCCAUACGUCGGUGUUUCUGAUGGAAGAAUUCUCAAAUACGUAGGUCCAAGGGGAUUCCAGGAAUAUGGCUACACUUCACCAACCAGGAACAAAACAUUGUGUGAUGGGCUUGCUGAUUUCUCAGAAGUCCAAGCACAAUGUGGAAGACCUUUAGGAUUACGUUUCAACCAUCAAACAAACGAACUAUAUGUCGCAGAUGCUUAUUUUGGGCUCGUGAAGAUUGGACCCAAUGGAGGGGCACCGAUUCAAUCUUUCCAAAUUCUGCAACCACAAGAGAAUCGUGGCAACUUUACUUUUGACUUUCUUGAUGGAAUUGACAUAGAUAUGGACACUGGAAUCAUUUAUUUAACCCAAGCUAGUGCUAACUUCCGUUUCAGGUAA